CCUCAGUUAUUUGUCUUGUGUUAACGCUACGAAUACUGAGUAUUGCUGUAUUGUUCCUGAUGUUUAUUAAAUGUCAACUUUCUGCGAUAUGCAUCUUUGUUUGGAUCACCGUUACUGCUAACCCGUGACAACUACCAUGACAUUUAUUUAUUUAUUUAUUUACAUGAUGUGUAAUUAUUUUACAGUUAUAUGAUGGUUUUUUUUUUUUUUUUUUUUUUUGCCAUUUUGCCAUAAAUGUGAAUUAGAUGUGCUUUGAAAAUAAUGCUAAAAAAUGAAUAGUCAUUUCAAAUCUGCACACACACACACACACACACACACACACAUUUCAAAGCGUUUACAUUUAAUCCAUUCCUUACACAAAAACAGCUUAUAAAUCACAAGUGAUGUUUUUGUAAAAUAUAAAAAUGCAGAAAGUUUUCUGUUCUGUGAUGGGUAGGUUUAGUGUAUGGGGAUAGAAUAAAUAGUAUACAAAUUAUUAUGUCUAAUGAAAGACCCCAUAAAACAUGGAAAACCAAAAUGUGUGUGUAAGUGUGUGUGUGUGUGUGUGUGUGUGUGUCGUCGGUCCAUCUGAGACAUCCAUGAGACAUUCAUGAGACUCUUCAGAGCAGUAAAGCGUCACUCAGCGUCCAGUUCACUCGAAGUGAACACCAAAUCUGUGGAGAUAAACACCAUUCCUGCCGGGAUUUUACUGCAAGUCGGAAGGAAACUCCAUUCUUUGGAUAUGAAUUUUAAAACCCAAAGAGACUAUGUGCUUUCUCACAACUUUGACAUCAUGUGACACGUCGGACUGCCCAAUGGAGGACACUACAAUACUUAACGCCACAAACAGCCAAGUCAAGAGGAUCCUUCAAGAUCCUCCCGAGCCCAACGUCACGACUCCUGUGAAUGCGUCUGUCCCUUUCCAUCAUCACAUGAACAAUGCGGUGCUGGGGAUCCUCCUCGGCACGCUGUCCCUCCUGACGGUUAUCAUGAACCUGCUGGUCCUUUUUGCCGUCAGAAAGGAACGGACUUUACACACGGUUGGGAACCUCUACAUCGUCAGCCUGUCAGUAGCUGACCUCAUUGUCGGGGCUACAGUCAUGCCCUUGAAUCUGGUCUACCUUCUUGAGGAUGAGUGGAAACUCGGUCAUGUUAUUUGCCAGUUCUGGCUGGUCAUGGACUAUGUGGCAAGCACGGCUUCUAUUUUCAGUUUGUUUAUCCUUUGCUUGGACCGGUACCGCUCCGUACGACACCCUUUACAGUAUCUGAAGUAUCGGACACGAGGGAGAGCCACGUUGUUGAUUUGUAGUGCGUGGCUUCUCUCCAUGACAUGGAUCAUUCCCAUCCUGGGCUGGCGGAUAUUCGCUCGGGUCGACAGGAAGCCAGAACUGGAGAACCUGUGCGACACGGACUUUCGCUUUGUGACGUGGUUCAAAGUUCUGACCGCAAUCCUCAACUUCUACAUCCCUUCCUUUCUGAUGCUUCUGUUCUACUCGCAGAUUUUCAUCGCAGUCCGCGAUCAUUAUAGAGAAUGGGAGAACUUCGCCGGUCCCAUGGUGAAAACAGAAGCAGAUGAUACAUUGGCAAAUGGACUGCAGCUGAAGAUAACCAAUGCCUCGGAGAGAGAGAGGGUCAAUUCUCAAAACGAGGGUCUGCUGGAUCAGUACAGUCUGGAACAGCCGUACAACUCAAGGGACAUUAACGAGGACAACCCCGAUUCCUUGUCUGAGACGAAGAGGAAGAGUUGUUUCAAGAAGAAACCAAUGUUCAGUCUUUCGAAACGCAUGAGAAAGAGUAUACAAGACUCUGAGAUUUCAUUUCAGAGCGAUGAUGGGGAAACUGUCGCCGAAUGCCCGCUGAGACAGCCAUCUUUAUCUCUCGCCUUUCUGCAGACCGAGAACAACACCCAGCCCAAAACCUUUAUAAAUGUGAAUGACUGUAAUGUGUUAGUGCCAAACUCUGUUGGGAACAUUUGUGAGAGCGCGCAGACGGUGGAUAUUCACAAUUACACCUCGGUUCUCUGCAAUCACAACACUCCACCAUCACCACCGUCGCCAUGGGCCGAGAACAGCCCUCCGCUGGACGCCACAGAUGCGCUGCCUGCAAAACAAACAUGGCAGAAGCUCUGCGAACAGUCUAAACAGAGCAUCCACAGCAUGCGCAUCCGAAAGGAGCGGAAAGCCGCCAGGCAGCUGGGCUUCAUCAUUGGUGUCUUUAUGGUGUGCUGGAUCCCGUACUUCAUCACCUUCAUGGUCAUGGCCUUAUGUGAGACUUGUGUCCAUCACGACCUUCAUAUGUUUACCAUUUGGCUAGGGUACAUCAACUCCACUCUCAAUCCCUUCAUAUACCCACUGUGCAAUGAAAACUUCAAAAGGGUGUUCAAAAAGAUCUUUCGUAUUAAUAGAUAAGGAGGCGUGAAAAACUGUUAGCCUCUCUGCUCUAUUGAUGUUUUUUGUGACACGUUGGUAGUUCUGCCAUGCUUGUGAUCUUGUAAGUACAGAGCAAUUUUUGUUAUUUAUUGCUGAGUGUCGGCUUGACGCGUCUGCAAUCUGCAUCAGAUUACAUGAUGAAUUUAUUCAAUCCAGAGUGUUUUAAAACUGGUUGUAUUGAAGCACCUAUAUUGCUUGGAAGACUUUCAGCACUAAAACAACUCUAGAAUGACCAUUUCCAAAGGACAAAGUCCCUCCAGCGGGAGUUCUUCUCUAUAUCAGUGUCAGUGUUUCUGAAACGCCUCCAUCUUGAGUUUUCUUCACAAUAUUCCUCAUUUAAAUAAUUCAUACGCAGAAUAAAGGGGCGGGGCCUGGUUGAGUUAGUUAGUAGUGUGUUGAAACUGGCGGUUAUGGUAAGGGGCGGGACAUUUCCCAAACACCAAUCACAACACACUGCUCCAGCCAACCAAUCAGAGCACAUUGUGCUUUUCAGAAGGAGGGGCUUCAUAGAGACAGGAACUAAACAGGGGUGUGUUUCCCAGCGUAACUUGCUGCUUCACUACCAUAGUACGAUGUUGAACAAAUUCACUAGCUAUAGUCACGACUGUUUCCCGAAACCAUAUUGUCGCAAACCUGUCGUUUAGCCACGAUGGUGAAUGAUGUCACGCAGGUGGUGGAGUAAUAACUUCUUUAAAUAAAUCCGUUUGAGAUUAAUGCUAGAUUUUUUGCUAUAAAUUACGGACAUGGCAUCUGAGGACUACUUCUCGUUUUUCUCAGUUAUUUUGAUUUGUUUCUAGAUUUAAUCAUAGGCUCAUUCUUAUGUGGAUCAUUGACGAAUAAUGUUUUUAAAAGUGUAAAAAAAAAUAAUGGAGAUAUAAUUAAUUUUGAACUUUUAUGAAGUGGUAACAAUGAGAUUAUGUGGUUUUUAUAAUCAGUUAACACUGCUUUCGUCAUUUUUUACAAGAUGGACAAAAUUUGUCACCAAAAAAAGUCAUUUGGUUCAACCAAAAUUUCGGUUUUACUGAAUGACGAUAUUUUCAAACAAUGCUAACAGGCUGAUAUCUAGCUAGCUAGCAAAAGGACAAUCAAACAUUUUAUAUUUAGUACAAGUUUUUAAAAUAUUACAACAUUUUCCAUGUUUUAUAGCGGUUGUACCGAAUGACCUGAUGUUUCGGGACAUGCGUAUGAGCAAGAGAAAACAUGAAUUUUUCAAAUAGUUAAAAGAGAGUUUGUUACUUUGUUUCAUGACCAUGUGGUCCUUUGCAGAUGUCUGAAUGAUGUCACAUCCUGUCACAUGACACUGACCACAUGACUUGAUCCAAAAUGGUCCCUUUAUAUUGGUUACUCCGAAUGACAUCAAUGAAAUUCAUUCUUUCUCAUUACAAAGCAACGACUUCUACACAUAAUUUUAAUACCAUUUUGCACUAUGUUGAUAUAUGAUGUUAUAAAAUCAUGUCAGAAUAAAAAAUAUAUACAUUUAUUACAUUUUAAGAUAUUUUAAUCACAAAUGAAAUGGCUGUAUUGACCUUUGGACGGUUAAACCGAAUGACCUUUUGACAUCUUUAAAAUACCUUUAUAUGUAGCAAAAUAUAAUAAAAACCUUUUGGAUUCAAUUAAAGAGACCUAGUUGUACUACCUUACAUACUUUGGAUGUCAUAUCUUUGUUUUUUAUUAUUAUUAAAAGCUUUGGACAGAAAAAUGACCCGUCACGUCAUUGACCCAUGUACUAGAGCACGUAAUCACAUGCACACUCUUCAAAAACGGUCCUUAAAAUCUCCUAACAAACUAAAAUAUGUAAAUGACAUUUGUAUAUUCAAAAUAAAAGAUAUACAUUGUACUUAAUGUCAGCUUGCUUAUUUUUCUCAAGAUAACAAUUUAUUAAGUCCACGUCAUAAAAACAAGAAACUAUGAUUCUAACCUCAGCUCGAGAGCCGUCGUUCAACCACACAAGUGUGCAAUGUAGUUUGUGAAUGUUUGUUUGAACGAUGGUUUCAGGAAACACCAAAUCUUUGAACAAUGUUAGUAACGACGGAACUUGCGAUGUUAGUUGGCUAAUGAUGCUUUUGGGAAACGCACCCCAGAGCGUUACUGACAGACUGGGAAGAGAGGAGCUGCAACAAUGGAGAAUAUGAGGAAAAUAAUCAACAUUCAAGUUCUAGUAGAGCCCAAAAACAACACUGAACACUGAAAUUCUGUGUGUAUGAUAAUCAAGUAUGUUGGGAAUGGCAUGCUAGGAUGGUCCAUGUAUCCACAGAUUGCCUGUAUAAAUGGAACUCCUGGAUGAUUUACAGUGCAAUGCAUAAAAAAGUACUUAAAUGACAAACAGUGAUGAUUGAAACAAAACUGUAACAUCUAAUGUAACUCAUUAUUUGAUUAAACUGUGAAAUGCAAAGACAUUGAAACAUUUUUAAUACAUUUUUAGACAUAACUGGAUGCCUGAACAAUGUAAGACUGAGGUCAUGUGAAACACUGCCUCUGUAUCACAGAAAAAAAACAUGCAAUAAA